AUGGUGCACUACACAGUGUUUGUAAAGACAGGAGAUUGGCUUCAUGCUGGCACAACAAACUAUAUCUCCAUCCAAUUACAAGGUCCCGAGGAUGAGAGUAAUGAAAAAUGCCUAGACAAGACCUUUCACUCUGGCUUUCAUGUUGGAUCAGAACGAACAUUUGAUAUACGGGUGGAAGAGGACCUGGGGGAGCUCAUACUUCUCAAAAUCCACUCUGAGACAUUUUGGAAGGUUGACAACCAGUGGUUUUGCGAUAAGAUUGUGAUUACAACACCUAAAGGUGAUGAGAUUUUGUUUCCAUGCUACCGCUGGGUGUCCUCUAAAGAGAAGGUUUUUUUAAGACCUGCCAAAGCUUUGCUUGUGUUCCAGGACACCAACAAAGUAGCCAUAAGACAAAGGCGGAGACAGCUAGAAAAUCGACAGGCUGCAUUUUGGUGGCGUGUGUACGCUGAGGGCAUACCCCACAUUAUCAACUAUGAAUCUUCCAUGUCUCUGCCUGCUGAACUCCAGUUCUCGUUCACAAAGGAAGUUGAGUUUCUCUACACAGCAGCAAAGCAGUUAGCUAUUCUGAAGCUAACAGGAUAUGCUAAUUCCAGAGCUUCGUGGAGAAGCUUGGAGGACAUGAAAGUAAUCUUUUGCGGAGUCAAAAAUACAACCUUGGAAUAUGUACAGAAGCACUGGGCAAAGGACGACUUCUUUGGCUACCAGUUCCUGAAUGGUCUCAACCCCAUGAUGAUCCAACGCUGCUUAGAAUUGCCCAAGAAGUUCCUCGUCACAGAGGAGAUGGUCAAAGGUCUUCUAGGAGAAAGCACCUUGGAGGCAGAAAUAACAAAAGGAAACAUCUUCCUGUGUGACUACAAGAUGCUGGAUGGACUUACAGGAAAUGCGGUGAACGACAGACAGCAGUAUCUCACAGCUCCUCUGGUGCUGCUCCACCUCAACCAUCAUGGCAAGAUGCUGCCCAUCGCUAUACAGCUAAGACAAACCCCUGGAGAUGGGAACCCCAUCUUCCUGCCCACCGACCACAAGAAUGACUGGCUGCUGGCUAAGAUCUUUGUGAGAGCCGCAGAGUUCAGCGUGCAAGAGGUCGACUUCCACCUGCUGAGAACUCACCUGCUGGCUGAGGUGUUCACCGUUGCGAUGUUGCGGCACCUCCCCUCCAUACACCCCCUUUUCAAGCUCCUCUUUCCCCACAUUCGUUACACACUCCAAAUCAAUAUCAUGGCACGAAAGCAGCUGAUUUCGGAGGAUGGAGUCUUUUCAUUGCAUACAGGCAUUGGUGGAGACCCCUUGGGUAAGUUGCUGAGGCGUGCAACAGCCUCCCUGACUUACAGCUCCCUCUGUCUGCCGGAGAACAUCUCAGAGAGAGGCCUGGACGAUGUUCCCAACUUCUACUACAGAGAUGAUGGCAUAAAACUGUGGGACAUCAUCUGCAAGUAUGUAACAGGAGUUUUGCAAUACUACUAUAAAUCUGAUGAGGAAGUGCAGAAGGACACAGAACUGCAGAGCUGGAUCAAAGAGAUUUUCAUCAAUGGAUUUCUGGAAAGAGAAAGAACAGGAAUACCUGAUUCUUUUCAGACAGUGAAAGAUCUCCUCAAGUUUGUUACCAUGGUGAUCUUCACUGCAUCAGCCCAACAUGCUGCUGUCAACAAUGGACAGUUUGACUUUGGUGGCUGGAUGCCGAACUACCCCACUGCCCUCAGGAAGCCCCCUCCCAAGAAGAAAGGCCAGACCAAAUGGGAGGACAUCAUGGAGAGCCUGCCUGAUAUGGGCACAACGGUGAAUGGAAUGGCUACUCUGAAUCUGCUAAGCACAAAGUCAACAGACCAUUACCCUCUUGGAUAUUUCCCAGAAGAACUGUUUGAUGAGGACGUUCCUUGCGAUCACAUCAAACAUUUUCAGAAGCAGCUGAAAAAAUUGUCGGAUGAAAUUGAGGAGCGGAACAAGACGCUGAAGCUUCCCUACACCUAUCUGAACCCAAAAAAUGUGGACAACAGUGUGGCCAUUUGA